GGAGGUGCCCGGGCCUCGGCGCAUGUCACUGGAGUUGGGGCAGGGAAGGGGGGGAGUGUUGCCAGGGCCUGGGGUGGGUAUGACCACAUGUGGCCGGUCCAGCCCUGCUCACAGCACUUGGUAACUGCUCAGAGCAGCCCCUGGUGCCCCACUCAGCAAGCAGGGCCAUCUACGGCUGAGCAGCUCCUGCCCCCAUGCUCACAGCCUGGGAUAGUGCCAGGCAGGCACGGGUCUCAGCUGGGCUGAUGCCGACUGGGUGGGGCCAGGGGGCUGCACUCUGGGCUCUGGGCUGCCUUUCCCACAUGGCCUCUGGGGACCAGGCCAGCAGUGAGCUCAGAUUUUCCGCAGGGGAGGAGCUCGCUGGCUGGCUGGCAGCUCUCUGCACCUCACAGGGGCUGUGGUGCAGGAACCAAGCAGCAACCCAGGCCCUCCCUUGUGGGGUUGCAGGGUCAGCUGGAGGGGCAGGGCCUGGGACCGGGACCAGGGCACCACUGAGGAAUCCCUUUACCUCAGGGCAGGGCUGGCCCACAGGCCACAGGGGCUGGGAAUAUGGGGGUGCUCUUAUUCUGGGGAGGCUGAGUCACACUGAGCCCCUCCAAGCCAGGGACCUUGGCAGCCAUCACCAGCCUGGCGUAGCAGAGAGGCUGCAUGGUGACCCCAUGUCAGGGCCCCCUCUGCUCUCCCUUCCAGGAACCGCUUCUGCUCCAGUCACCAGAGCCAUCACAGCUCAGGCUGCCGGCCCCACCCCAAUGGGCCCUGGGCCAGCCCCUGGGAUGCAGGGCCACAUCCACGGCCGUGGCCCAGGCAGCGCCAGCGGGGGACUGCCCCCCCCCCCGGGGGGGUCAUGCUAGAGGAUCACUUUCAAACAGCCCCGUAAUCAUUUCAGGUGGGGAGGGAGACAGCCAGACCGGGGCAGACCCUGGGCCUGUCAUCACCCCCUGCUGCCCAUAGAUCUGCCCCCCGGACCCGUCAGCAGGUGGGAUCCCACAACCGGGGAGCCCGGAGCCACAACCACAGGCCAUGGCACCCGGAGACACAUUUCCAGCUAGGGGGAAGAUGCAACUUUGGGAUCCCCACAGGCCAGGACUCCCCCCCGGGCCUCAUGGGUUAAACCCACCCACGGAAAAUAGCGAGGCAGCGCCUGCCUAGACCUGCCGCAGCUCCCCUGGGACCCCAGAGCCCGCCCCUAACAAUCUGCCUCAGGCUCGGCCCGGCUAGCGGAGACUCCAGCAGCGGAGAGGAGAGCGAGGGAGCCGCUCCCGGGACCGGGACGCCGAGGGGCUCCGACAGCCAGUUUGCAGGGCUGGCAGCGCCGGCUCAGGCCCGUUCCCACCAAGAGAACUGCAUAGCAUUGCGGUGACAGGACUGGAGCAGGGAGGCGGUGCUGGCGUGUGGGAGAGUCCGGCUCCUCCAGACUGCUGCCCGGGGGAGGUCACUCCACUGACAGCUUCGGCCCAGGCCGCCUUCCCACUUGGUGCCUGCCUCUGGGAGAACAGCUGGAGCUGAUAAGAGGGGUUCUGCAUCACGGACAGCAGCAGGCCCCAGCCUGCACGAGGCCCCAAGUGGGUGUGAGAGCCCUUUGUGGCACAGCCCACCGGCUACACCCAGGUGUGGAGGACCCCACCUCGACAGCAGGCCCCAGCACCAGCCUGCUGUGCACCCCAACGCACUGGCUGGUGCCGCUUCCCCAUCCACCAGCAGGCACUGGAGCAAGCCACGCACAGCUGAGGCCCUGGGCUGCAUGCAGGCGCUGGAGAGGGAACACCCAGCAGCAGGGUCCCUGCCCUGGCAGAUGUCCCAUGUGCCUGACUCCCACAACAUGGGGGAGGUGAGAGGAGAGUGUGCAGCCGCCCACACCUCCCUGAGCAAAGUCAUUGUGUGGCACAGACAGCUGGCGCUGCAGCUGGGGGGCACGGCUGACUCACCCCGGCUGCGGGAGGAGCUGCAGGAGCGGAGCAAGGAGGUGCACGAGCUCAGCAAGGGGCUGCGGAACGUGCUCCUAGCCGGGCUGAGGCAGCCGCUGGCCAGCCCCGAGGAGCGGCAGGAGCUGGAGAGGCUGUGGGUGCUGUCCCUGUCCGCUCUGGAGCUCUUCCACCAAGACCUGCACAGGGCCCAUCAUCUCCUCCAACUCUUCCCCCUGCAGGGGCGGGGGGGGCCGCUGGUGAGCACUGGCCUCACGGGGAAGGCCACAGAUGGAGGGCACAAGCCGUGGAGGAGGCCAAGCCGCAAGGGCGCCAGGAGCACGGAGCAGCUGGGUGCUGCCCCUAGCCUGGAGGAGCAGAUUGAGCGUGUGGGGACCAUGCUGCUGGAGAUGGAGACCAGAGUCAAUGUCCCUGUCUGGACAGUGGAGGCCACAGAAGAGGCCGGGCCGGGCAGCAGCUUGGCCUGUGAGGCAGAGGGGUCGUGCAGCGAGAGACAGGCUGCAGAGGUGGCAGGUGGCCCAGGGUGCUGCGGGCAGCGUCAGGGCUGGCCUGCACUCUGCUGCACAUUGUCAUGACUAGCGCCCCCCUGCAAAGGGGCAGGACUUUGCUCCCCCCAGGAGAAAACCCAGAACAGGGACCCUUGGCCACAGCAGCCCAGAAAGGCAAGUUUCUUUGAGCACAUGGCGCCCAGCUGGGAGAAGCAGGAAGAGGUGCUCUGGCUUGGGGUAGGAACAGGUUGGCUGAGGGCUCCCCUGCCAGCAGGGCACUCAGCUCAGGGAGCAUGUGGGAUAGCGGUGGCAAGGUGGGGGGGCACUGCAGGCCAAGGGAAGGGUGGCAAAGAGCCCCCACCCCCCCGGCACUGGAGGGAGUCGUGGCAGAGGAGACUGCUGGGGGAUUAAUAAAUGUCGUUCUCCCACUUGUGUUCGUUCCCUGUAGAGCCUACAAAGUGCCCCUGCCCCAGGGAACCAUUUCCACACCCACAGUGGUGGUGGUGAUGGAGGUGCGUGGAGGUCACAGAGAUCUGUGCUUGAAUCCCCAUCUGCUGGGGUGACUGGCCCCAGGCGGUGGCAGAUCAGCAGCCGAGAGCUGCCUCAAGGCAAGGCCAGGCCCUCUUGGCUCCAAGUGCCCUGGGCU